GUAAAAGCCAAUCACAUAGCGCAAUAUACCAGCCGCCCUAAAUUACAAGAAGCUGAUUGGCUUCCCUUAUAAACAACAACUUGAGAUGACUCUGUCACUUGGUUGAUCUCUAAAAAAAACCUUCCUUGGAAACUUUGGUGUUAAAAACGUUGCCAAGUUGCCUUAACAAUGCUCGACCCCCCCCCCCCCGCGGCACAACAUUUAAAUAAAGAAUUAAUGAUUUCACUUCGGUCGAUGAAGAAAAACAUUAUUAUUAACACCUAGUGGCAGGUAACAGUUUCCAUGGCAACAUGUUUACAGGCAACAUGGACUUCCUACAGUGGAGUUGUCAUGAUGUUGCAAGAUGGAUUGAGUCUUUAGGAUUUCCACAGUACAAAGCAUGUUUCACCGACAACUUCAUCACUGGAAGAAAGCUCAUUUAUGUAAAUUGCAUCUACUUGCCAAGACUCGGAGUCACUGAUUUUAAAGACAUGCAGGUCAUCUCUGCUCGUGUGCGCGAGCUGCUGGGAAUCACAGAGACCCUGUGGAGUCGCAGCAUCGCUGACCCUCGACAGGACAGCAUGGGCCUGUUCUUGGAGAAAAAGAGCCACACAGGUGAACAGGCGGACGCCCUCACUUACCAGGAGUUCCUGGAUGACAUGUGUCGGUGAGAGAGAGAGAGAGAGAGCCCAACGUGAAUCACAAGAGUAAAGGAGCACAGUCAAAACCAAGACAUGUCAGUGUCAUUUUAUAUCACCAACUGUCAGCUCAUGAUGACUCCAAUGAGACACUCACAGUAGGUCACAUGCAGGCCUUUGACAUUAACACUUCCCACCAGCAAAAUGCUUGUAUGUCUGCUGGUAAUAUCAGAUUUUCUUCUGUAAUAUCAGAUUUUGUGCAGGUUGUCAGCAUGUGCUCAGUGUGAAAAUCACAUCUGAAAUUAAUGACUGAAAAUCUACUGACUACCUGGUGACCUCACAACAAAGAGAAUGAAACAACAAAGCCUUCGUCACACAUGUAUCAAUGAUUUUGUGCACACAGCACGCACACGCACUAGGAUAAAAAGACUUCUUCUGAAUAACUAUGAAUGCUUAAACCAUUUAGCCUAUUCCUAUUGAUCUCAAGUGGUUGUGUUGUAACUGGAUGGAGCUAUCGAUCUGGAGUAGAACUCCUCUGGGUAAUUCUCUGGAUGACAACAAACACCUAUUUCCAAAGUGCCAGGAGGCUACAAGAGCAGUAUAGGUCAUCGUUCUUGGGAAUAAAAAAACACUGACUCUGCGAGUCCAAGAAGACUACUGCACCACUGUACUGUAAAAGACUUAUGCACAUAUAGUCUACUUUGCCAACUUGCACAAAAGGCCAUAGGAUCAUUGCAUCAGAUAGUGAUAGGUUGAGUGCCAAGCAGACCCACAGGGAGCCAGGGCUUUCAGUUUCAGCCAACUCAACACUUUCUUGCCAAUAAUCUAUGUAAUACAUGCAGGAAUAUUCAGCUAUAGGCUGCUAUAUUUGGCUUGAGCUGGACCAGAUGUACUGUACAGCAAAGGUUUUAUCAAAAGGAAUGGAUGGAUUUUCAAUGAGAGUGUUGUUCAGGCCUGUUCUGGUUAUUGCCUGGUUCAUUUUGUUCAUCCCCUUCAUGUCCAAAUAUGAUAAACAUUUCUAUGAUCUUAUUUCAUUUCAUUUAAUUCUUAGAGAAUAUUAUGGGCAUACUGCAUUUUCGUGCAGUAGAGUUCAGUCUACAUGAAUAAAUUAUGAUGCCUGCCUGUGAGAUAGGCUGGGAGGCACUGCAUCUGUCUAUGCACACAAAUGGUCUCUGUGCAGCUCGGAGCGCACCGAUUACCAUUCCGAGCACAGCACCUCUGGUCAGAAAUGGAGCCGGGUCGGUGGUUGACAGUCGUCCGGGGGCAGAAGGGGGGGAUAUAUUAUGGCAGCAACCUUUCAGUCAAUCUGGAUUAACUCGCGCUGAGCCCUGCGUCGCCAGCAACAUCCCACCCUCCCACCCCCCGUGAAAGCGAUACGAACAUCUGGCUGGAUUCAGCACAGCACCAGUCACUCACUCAGCGCCGUAGAUAUUAAAAGGCAAGCCUGUCGCUACAAAAGGCGUUUUCUCUUCUGGAGGUGCAUACAGGCGGCGGGUGCGCAGUAGAGGAGGCGAUCCCGCACAGCUGCAGCCUCGAAGCCACACCGGGACCCCUUCAGGUUGCGUUUUCUAGUUUAUUUUUUUUUCACCAAAGAGAGAGAGAGAGUGAGGGAGAGGGGGGGGGGGGGAUCUGAGUUACAUUUCUCCGAUUUGAGAGGGGGGCUGAUCGCAGAGGAAUCGUCCUUUAUCUGCUGCUCAUGGAUUUCUUGAAGGGCAUCGCUGGUUUCGCAGGCCGUCACAUGUUAUAGGAGCCAAGACGCGUGUUUCGGGACACCUGAAUUAUCUCUAAGAGACACCGUCGGUCCCAUUUUAGGCAAGCCGCUCUCAGCAUGCUCUCAGCCCUCCUGGGAGGAAAUAAGCUCAAACCCACCCUCCCUUGACUUGGCUUAAUGUUUCAUUUGCAAGGUGUAUUAACCUGACUGAAAAGCCAAAUGGAGUCUCUCCUGGUUUAUCUGAUAGUUCUUGGUGUGGCUGUGAAGGCCCACAAAGUUCAAAUAUGCCCCAAACGCUGUGUCUGCCAGAUGCUUAACCCCAACCUGGCAACUUUGUGCGAUAAAAAGGGGCUACUGUUUGUGCCCCCAAACAUCGACAGGCACACAGUGGAGAUGCGUCUUGGAGAUAACUUUGUAACGAGCAUCAAACGCAAAGACUUCGCUAACAUGACCAAGCUGGUGGACCUGACCCUCUCUCGGAACACUAUUGGUGCCAUCGCGCCGCAUGCCUUCAAAGACCUAGAAAACCUACGAGCUCUUCACCUCGACAGCAACCGGCUAACCCGCAUCACCAACGAUACCUUCAGCGGCAUGUCCAAGCUGCACCACCUCAUCCUCAACAACAACCAGCUCACCCACAUCCACAUGGGGGCCUUCAAUGACCUCACAGCGCUGGAGGAGCUGGACUUAUCCUACAACAACUUGGAAAGUGCCCCAUGGGUGGCCAUUCAGAGGAUGUCCAAUCUCCACACUCUCAAUUUGGACCACAACAUGCUCAGCUACAUCCCAGAGGGCACCUUCUCUGGCCUGCAGAAGCUCAAAAGGCUGGACGUGACCUCCAACAAGCUCCAGAAGCUUCCUCCUGAUCCUAUUUUCCAAAGAGCAGGGGUCCUAGCCACCUCUGGGAUAAUGGGACCCUUGUCGUUUGCGCUGAGCUUUGGGGGGAAUCCUCUGAGGUGUAACUGUGAACUGCUCUGGCUGCGGAGGUUGCGGAGGGAGGAUGAUCUGGAGACCUGUGCUUCACCGCAACACCUUGCUGGACGCUAUUUCUGGACUGUUUCAGAGGAAGAGUUCCUGUGUGAGCCUCCUCUUAUCACCAGGCACUCUCAGGAGCUGCGAGCUUUGGAGGGUCAGAGUGUGACUCUGCGUUGUAAGGCCAGGGGCGACCCCGACCCCAUUAUACACUGGAUCGCCCCUGACGGACGCCUUAUGUCCAACUCUUCCAGGGCCACAGUCCACACAGACGGCACGUUGGACAUCCUCAUCAGCACUGUCAAGGACUCCGGCUCCUUCACCUGCGUGGCCUCCAACCCGGCCGGUGAGGCCCAGCAGACGGUGGAUCUGGUCAUUGCUAAACUCCCUCAUAUCACCAACAACACAGUCGCAGAGCAGGAGCCUGACCCCGGAUCAUCAGAUAUAGCUACAGUGACCAAGACUGGGCCAGAGGCAGGAGGGGUGCCUCUGGGGAAUGCGAAGACGAGCCAGGAGAAGAAAGUAGUAAUUGCUGAGGCCACAUCCACUUCAGCCCUGGUCAAGUUUAACUUCCAGAGGAGUAUUCCUGGAAUCCGCAUGUUCCAGAUCCAAUAUAAUGGGACAUAUGAUGAUUCACUGGUAUAUAGAAUGAUACCCCCGACCAGUAAGAACAUCUUGGUAAACAACCUAGCGGCGGGCACACACUAUGAUCUGUGUGUGCUGGCCAUCUAUGACGACCAGGUGACGGCGCUGACGGCCACCAGGGUGAUAGGCUGUAUCCACUUCACCACGGAGCCGCAGUACCUGAGAUGUCAUUUCAUGCAGUCCCAGUUUCUCGGUGGCACCAUUGUGGUUAUCAUCGGGGGGAUCAUCGUGGCCUCAGUUCUUGCUUUUAUCAUCUUCCUCAUUGUGCGCUACCGGGUGUGUAACCAAGGAGAUGCAGAUAAGGCUCUGGAGAUGGGGGAUAUUCGGUCACUGAGCAGUGAUGGACAGCUACAGGGCUGUGGGAUUCCCAAGUCCCUCUCCAAGCAGGUUCUACGUCCAGAGAAGAGUGACAAGGACUGCCUCAGAGUUGCCCUGCCGCCCCCGGAACCAGCCAAGCAGCGACCACCAGUUGUUGUAGCCACCACCAAGCCCUCUGUCCCAGACUGCACUGUGUCUACCUCUGCUGCCAGUCAUAGCUGGCACCCGGCCUCCCCGGGCGCUCCGAGGCCCAAACGUUCCACUGCUCCACCAAAACCCUCAGAGGCUCGCCGAGCCGAAGCUCAGGCAGAUGUCGAGCUGGAUAACAUGAACCGCAAUAACUCAUCAGAGAUCAAAAUGGCCACCGCCGUCGCACUGGCUGUUCCCGGCCAGCCAACCAAAUGGACUGCCGUCCCCAGGGGCCCGCGGCCCCACCAGGCCUCCCGGCAUUACAUGACUGUGCCCGCAGGAGGGGUGAGGGUGAACCGCAGGCAUUCCCUCAAUGCAGACUCAUACACGGAGCGCUGCUACGUGGCCUACCCCAAAACCGGGGCCAGCCUGCGCUCCAAACGCAGCCUGUCGAUGAGCGGGGAGCUGCCACAGCUCAAGAGCACAACAAACAUUCACCGGGCCAGGGACAAGCUCUCCAGGUCUGAGUGGCUUCUGGAGAGCACUUUAUGAUUUGGAGUUUAUGACCUGCGUUCUCUUGUUUUCUCGGAUUGGAUUUGUGGCCUGUUGUGGAACAGACAGGGAUUUUAUGCCUUGUUUUGAGCUUUUGUGCUCUCCACUGAGGGACCUGUAAGCUUCUCUCAUAUAUUUGGGGGCAAGGCAGGCAUACAGGGUUGUGGAGAAAGUUUCACAUUUGUUUUCUACCCUAUAACCUAUCAAAGUCUUCUUUAUAAUGACUUUUGAUCUAACUUUGAUGAAAGGCACAACAAUGUAUAAAACAACUCAUGUACAAAAAUGUUUAGUUGUGUGAGAUACUGUAUAUCUCAAUACAACCAUAUGUGUUCAUGUGGUAUUGAAUGCAGUAAUCUGGACAUACUGUAUCAUAACAAAGAGAGAAACAUGCAGGGGGUGGGGUUAUUAUACUCACAAUCUCAUCGCCUGUUACUUAAAGUGAUACAAUCUCUGUAGACUUUGAACAUGAUUCUUGUCUCCAGCUCUACAGACAGAUGGUGACAUGUCUUAAUUACCUUGGCGGUAGUUUGGAGAGAUUACGAAUGUGCUUUACAUCCCAGAGGUGUUGGAACAGAAUGUAGUAGACAGACAGUCCAUCUUUUCAUCACUCGACACUCCCAGACACAGCACAAUGCAGCAUUUUUGUGGCACAAGUCGACUCAGCCUAAUACUGCCCUCCGGUUUGAAUCGAUACAUUUUUAUCACAUAAUUACAUAAAGACUCGACUCUGAUAGGAUUUCUGUCGUGACUGAUUUGAGCGACAAUUGAACCAAUACCAACACCAUGACAGGUGCGGGAAGUAAUCUGAUAUUACGCGUGGAUGAGAUCCAGAGGAAUGGUUCAUUUCCAUAUUUUUUACUUACUGACGUUAUCAUGUCACGCCGGUGACAACCAUUGUAAAUUAACUUGUCGAUGUACGAGAAACGAUAAUCAUACGUAGGGUACGGGAGGACGCCAGCUCUUGAUUUUGCUGUUGUUUCUGUUUGAUGUUUACCAGUAUAAAUAAACCAGUGAUAAAUGGGACCUAUUCCGAUUUAUCUUAUUUU